AACCAAAUUAACUACAAAGCAACCAUGGAAAUCUCAAAACCUCAUGCAGUCUUACUGUCUAGCCCCGGCAUGGGACAUCUCAUCCCUGUUAUCGAGCUUGGCAAAAAUCUUGUCAUGCACCAUAAUUUUGAUGUCACAGUCUUUGUUGUCCAAACCCAUGCUUCAAUCUCCCAAUCCCAACUUCUUGAACUAUCACCUGAUCCAAACCUGAUUAAUAUUGUCUUAUUACCACCGGUUGAUAUUUCCGACAUAGUUCAACCCACUACCUUAAUCUUAACCCAACUGGCUAUGAUGAUGCGGAAGGCAUUACCAAGCCUGAGAUCUGAGAUAUCAUCCAUGAAGAUUCGUCCAACGGUUCUCAUUGUUGAUUUAUUUGGAACUGAAGCUUUCGCCAUGGCCAAUGAGUUUCGGAUGCUGAAGUACGUUUUCAUUACUUCCACUGCAUGGUUUCUUGCUCUCACCAUAUAUCUUCCAACCAUUGAUAGGGGAGAGGAAGAUGAGCAUGUUAAUAACCAAGAGCCGUUGAACAUUCCGGGUUGCUUUCCAGUUCGGUUCAAGGACACUUUUGAACCGCUUGUGAACCGGGAUGAUCAGAUUUACGUAGAAUAUGUACGUAUGGGGAAGGAGAUAAGUAUGGCUGAUGGUAUCUUGGUGAACACGUGGCGGAAUCUGGAGCCUAAAACACUUCGUGCUCUGGAAGAUCCAAAGAUGUUGGGAAGGUUGACUCAUGCACCGGUCUAUCCGGUUGGACCACUUGUGAGACCGGUCAACCCUGGUUCUACAAGUGAGGUUUUGACUUGGUUAGAUGUCCAGCCAAACGAGUCGGUCGUUUACGUCUCGUUUGGGAGUGGUGGGACCCUAUCAGCCAAGCAAACCACAGAGCUAGCCGCUGGACUGGAGCUGAGCCAACUUAGAUUUCUCUGGGUGGUCCGACCUCCCUUUGAAUAUGAUGCAGCCGCAGCUCUUUUUAGGAUGGGUGAAAGGUGUGAUGAGACGCCAAGUUAUCUGCCCGAUGGGUUCUUGACCCGGACCCGGGAGAGGGGACUGGUGGUUCCUACGUGGGCUCCACAAGCUGAGAUCCUGGACCAUCCAUCAAUUGGUGGGUUCGUUUCACAUUGUGGUUGGAAUUCUAGCCUAGAGAGCAUAGUCAACGGGGUGCCAAUGGUAACUUGGCCGCUGUAUGCAGAGCAGAGAAUGAAUGCAGCGAUGCUGACGGAGGAGGUCGGAGUGGCCAUCCGGGUGGAGGUGUUAUCAGGUAAGGAAGUGGUGGGGAGAGAAGAGAUAGCGGCGGCGGUUACGAAGAUAAUGGUGGAGAAAGAAGGGGAGGAAAUAAGGGUCAGAGCCAAGACGUUGAAAUCAACUGCCAAGAAUGCUUUAAGCAAGGGUGGCUCCUCCUACAAGGCAAUGGAUGUUUUAGCUGAUGAAUGCAAUAAUUAUCAGCGAUGCAUUCAAGGCAGGGCCCUGGGUGCUUAGGGUAGAAGAACUAAACUUAUAUAUGGAACUUCUGGGAGUGUUUUAUCAUGUAUAAUUGUCAUUCUCACCUAUAUAUCCUUCCAUUUCUCCAACAUGGGCAAUAUGUAGCGAUUAAACGGCUAACUAAAGGCACACAGGAUGAGAUGACCGGGGACUUUUUGUCGGAGCUUGGGAUUAUGGCACAUGUGAACCAUCCUAAUACAGCUAAGUUAAUUGGCUAUGGCAUUGAAGGAGGAAUGCAUUUAGUCCUUGAAUUGUCUGCUCAUGGAAGCUUAGCUUCAUUGUUGUACGGUUAGUUAAUAGUACCUUUUGGAAAUUUGUCAGCUUUGAAUGUCUACAGUUAAUGUAUGCAGCUGUAUGUGUAUGUCAAUGUGUUGAGUGUUUGUCUGAGUAAAGAUGUUUGGAUUUGCUGAAUUUCACAGGGUCGAAGGAGCUCAAAUUAUGUAUGUUUGUGUGGACCUUAUAA